AUGCCGGGGCCGUGGGUUUGCCUCGGCUCCGACCCGGAUGGUUGGGAAGGCACGCAGCUCCACGAAGGUGACUAUGUGGAGAUUGCGUGCUAUGACACCAGCCAUUGCCGCCAAGGAACAGCUUUGGUGCGGCUGGACAGGCUGGCGGAGAAGAGCAAGCGUGGGCAAUGGGCCGAGGCUUCGUUCAUCGCCGUCAGUGAUGAGCACCUGAGAUGGUGGUUGGACAGUGGAGAGGGCCAGGCAGAUGCCUGGCAGUUUGAAGUCCACUUUUGCCCCACGGGGCAGCGAGGAUGCCGAGAGGGCAAACGCGGCCGGGGCAAGGACUUCCACACGGACCGUUUUAGAGUGGUUACGGUGGGGGACCUUACCAGCAAGAAGGUCGACUGGCUCAAGGCGCCACCUUCGAAGAAGUACGUGGAGGAGGAGCUCCAAAGACUAAGUGACCUCCCUACGGGGAAGGCAGCGGAUGAUGGAGGAGGGGGUGCAGGAGACCUCGGCUUCGACGAGCAGCACCUUCCUCCGGCAGACCCCUCUGAGGGACAUGAGGCCUUGAAAGGCCUAACAGAGCUUGAGAAGGAGAUCGGCAGAGGUGAACUCGUCGAGCUCUACGUCAUCGAGCACCCCGGAGACCUGGCUUCCGACGACUCUUCCGAGGACAGCCAGCUUUUUCGCGAAGGAGUACGCCCAGCGAAGGCCCGGGCGGCUGGCAUCCAGACUUCCGCAGAAGAUGCAGGUGAUGGUCGCGAAGUGGCCACCAACUGGACGCUAACAAUGAUGGCGCCGAAGCAGCCGCCGAUCCGCCUCCUGCGGGAGAUGCGCACCCUCGCGAUGGCCCUGGAGAUCGCAGCAGGCCGCUACCAGUACGCGGCAGACGUGCUGGCACAGAGGCUGAAGGCGCUGGAGCUGUUCCAGAGCGUCGGCGCCUGGAAUCGUGCCCAGUACCUGGAACUGCUGGACGCAGAAGGGCCCAGCCUGCUAGACGCGGCGGCGACCGGGGAGCCGGCCCCGGGCCUCAGCUCGCUUUUGUCAGAUGGGGUCCUAGACUUUGACCUCGGGGACCUCGGGGACAGUGAUGAUGAAGGAAUCUCCAUGGAGGAGUGGAGGACGAAGAUGAAAAAGGCGAUGGAUAGGGAGCCAAAGCUCAAGUGGGUGGGCAAGCUGCUCCUUGAUGCCAUCUUGUCUGUCAAGACGGCUCUGGGAAACUUUGCUCGCACAUACGCGAACCCGGAGGAGCUGCCCCCGGGCGACGAGCCCACCUCACAACGAGGCCGUCGAGGGCAACACGGGGACUUGAUGCCUAUCCACCCUGCCCUUGUGGUUCAAGGCCUGGAAGGAAUCCCCACUGACAACCUCCACUGGGUCCGUCUUAUUUUGCUAGGGCUGGACUUCAUGUACUGCUCCGCGUGGUCAAAGGCAGUUUGUGUGCCGAUGGCACGGACCCUCACCACCAACCAGAAGGAGGCCAUAAAGCGAAUUGGGGAGCAGGUAGACCGCUUCAUUUCGCGUGAGGACCGACUCCCUCCGGCCAAGGCCGCGGCUGCAAAGCUGUGUUCCAAGAAGUUUGACUACAAUGGUCAGCCGGUGGAGCACAUGAGGGACCUUGUCGCCGAGAAGGUCCUGAAGGCCUGGCCGAAGGUCGGAUCCGCGGCGGUGGUCGACUUGAGGGACUGCCUGCCAGAGGAGCUGAGGACAGCCCUUGACCGGCCACGAGACUUUUUGCUGCCAGAGGCAGAGCUCCCGGAGAGGCACCGCGGAUCCAAGGUGAGAGCCUCGGAUGAGGAAUGGCACAAGAUUGUGAAGGCCGGUUACGACCGAGGAAUGUUUGUGUCAGUCGACGACAGGGAGGUGCCCCGGGACAAGCAGGGUCACCUCAUCACGAAUGGGGCCGGGGCUGUGGUGAAGUUGAAGAAGGAAGGGGGCCGAGAUGUAGAAGCGCAACGCUUUAUCUCGGUUCUAUGCCCCACCAACGAUGUGAUGAGGCUGCUGCCUGGGGCCCAAGACAAGCUCCCCUACAUUGGGCAGCUUACCGCCAUUUUGGCGGAAAGGGACUCGUACCUGGUCCUUGAUUCGGAGGACCUGCAGUCGGCUUUCAACUUAUUCCGCAUGCCGCUGGAGUGGGCCCCGAUGUUCAGCUUCGCGCAGAAAGUAAGGGGGGAUGCUCUUGGAGGGUCUCGGAACGUUACCCUCAGGCCCGCCUUGCGAGUUGUGCCCAUGGGGUGGACGAGCGCAGUGACCCUCAUACAGGCAGCUAUCAGGCACAUCGCCUACACGAUAGCAAAGAUCCCUCCCCACGGGGAUGUAACAAUGGAUCAGGAACUACCCUCGGGAGGGGCGAUGACGAUCCUCUACCUCGUCGACAACAACGAUGAGAUCAGGCAUUUGGGCCUCCCGCGAAACGAGGCCAAGCAGCUCUGUGGAGCUUUGUCGGGCACCCUCCAAGGAGGAGAGAUCCUCGGCGACUCAAAGAUCCUGAGGCAUGCCUACGACAAGUCGGUGGAGCUCUUGGGCCUUGGGCUCGGGCUCCUGAUCAAUGGCACCAUGCCAGAGCACUGCCUGAGACAUUGGACCGGUAAGGCGGCUUUCGCUGCUGCGUUUCGGCGGCCAAUGUACUCCAUACUACAGGAGGUGUAUGGGGUACUGGAGGUGAACCGGGCUGGAGCUCACCUGGCGUUGCCACCGCCGGUGAUGGAUGAGGUGCUGGUCUUCACGGCACUCCUUCCCCUGGCCGAGACAUGCCUCUCGUCGGAGGUGUCCCUCGAGAUCAGUUGCACCGAUGCAUCGCCUACGGGCGGGGGCUGCUCGGUGGCGACUGGCUUCAAGGACAAGACCUUGAUUCUCCCCGAUCCGGUCGCGGAUGAGAACUUCUGUGGGUCGUGUGGAAAGGAGAUGAAUGAGCCAACGUGGCGCACCUACCCCUGCCCUCGGCGUUGUGGCCUCAGGUGUUGCUCGCUGCUGUGCACCCGGAACCACGGGGAGAAGUGUGUGCGCCAGUGGUGGCACACCCCCUCCUUUGGAGAAAGGUUCUCGGGGAAGUCUUUCCCGCUGACAAAGGCAGUCGGCCUGAAGGGAAUCUCCACGCAACCUCCGCUGGACUACGACGUCGGUGGGGACCAGUGGGAUCUUCGAACCAACGAAGGCAAGGUUUGGCUGGAUGAGCAGGAGGCCGAGGGAGACUUGAUGUGGACCCACUGGGCCCCUUCCAGAAUCACGUUCCUCACUGACCGUCGAACUGGGUACUGGGACUGGCAGGGCUACUGGGUGGACGGGACCACGAAGCUUCGAGACCGCAGCCACCCAGAAGGACUCCCGAAGCUCAGGCAGCACCUCAACGUUUCGGUGAGGCAGGCCAACGCACUGGCCAAGCGUGCGGCGCGUGGGUUGGUUGAGGCCAACCGUCGAGGAGAAGGUUGGUACCCACUCGGUCUUUUCGACCUGCUGCCACGGAGUUUGGAGCGCCUCUUGCACCACCAGCUGCAGGGGGCCACCAAGGGACUCCAGCAGCAGGCAGCGGUCAACUGGGCUGUGGCUCAGUGCUCAGCUUUCCUGGAAACCAUGGAGGCGGGUAAGGAGAAGGAGCACCUGGUCUGGCUCCUUCGCCAUGCCUACCACACGGGCUGCGACGUCAGGUUGACGGACCGUGGGGAUGACAUCCUGGGGCAUCGCCCUGGCCCCUACCCAGCUUUCCGCUGGCGCUGGAAGGAUGUUCUCUCGUACCGUUGGCGAGAACCGCAGCACAUCAACGUGCUGGAGAUGACAGCCUUCCUCACAGAGCUUCGGAGGAGGGCCAGGGACAAGGAGGAACUCGGCAAGAGGUUCUUCUGGGUGCUCGACUCCCUGGUCUCCUUCUAUGUCCUGGGCAAGGGACGCCUGAUCCCCAUGUGCCUGUGGACCAUCAGCAAGUGGAACUUCUCAGAUGGUGCGUCCUACGAGAAUGCAGUGGCUGCUCUGUUUCAAUACCUCAACGCCCUACGGGGCAGGCUGCCUCGCACUAUGGCAGAACUGGAUGAGGAGCUUGCAGAAUACAUCAAUCACCUUUACCAGGAGGGUGAUGCGGUGACCCUGGCAGGAUGGACGCUUAGUGGCCUCAAGCGUUUCUUUCCUCGCUGCAGGCCUCAUCUCUUGACCUCCCAGCUGUUUCUUCGCAACUGGCAGAGGGUACACUUGCCGCAGAGAACUAGCCCGAUGACUUGGCUGGGUGCCAGAGCUAUGGCUGGGGCAGCCUGCAAGGUUGGGCGACCAGACCUGGCUCUUUCAAUCUUUUUGGGCUUCGCUUUCUUCCUGCGAACUAUAUGGAGCUGCUUUCGUUAA